UGGCAGCAGUGAACGUGAAUGGAAGGGGGUGGGGGGAGAUAAUCCGACAUCAGACACACAGCAGAGUAGAGCGGCACUGCAUGUGGAUGCGGGCAUCCUGUGAUCGUUCCUACGUUAUCUCUGCACGACGAAGUGUAAACACAACUACAACCCUACGGGACCGCGAUGAUGCACAACUCGGCGACACGACGCGCGGCUGCGGGCCGUUCAGGGGACCCGGUAGUGUUGUCGUCGUGACGUUCACUUGCACGCCGCUCGCUGUUUUGUGUGUGACUUUAUUGUUCCCGGCUGAGACGCACAACGAAGAUGUUGAGCCGAUUCGUGAGUGGCAGCGUCAGGAAUCUCGAGCGGGAAUACAGCUGCACAGUCCGGCUGCUGGACGACUCGGAAUAUACGUGCACCAUUCAGCGGGAUGCAAAAGGACAGUAUCUGUUUGACCUCAUCUGCCACCACCUAAACCUGCUGGAGAAAGAUUAUUUUGGCAUCAGAUACGUGGACCCCGACAAGCAGCGGCACUGGUUGGAGUUAACGAGGUCUAUUGCUAAGCAAAUGAAAUCUCAGCAUCCGUUCACUAUGUGUCUGCGUGUCAAGUUUUACCCUCCUGAUCCAGCCGCUCUCAAGGAGGAAAUCACUCGAUAUCUCGUCUUCCUGCAAAUCAAAAGAGACCUUUACCACGGCCGCCUCCUGUGCAAAACCUCGGAUGCCGCGUUACUGGCUGCAUACAUCCUUCAAGCUGAGAUCGGGAAUUACGACCCCGGGAAGCAUCCGGAAGGUUACAGCUCAAAAUUCCAGUUCUUUCCCAAACAUUCGGAGAAACUAGAGCGGCGGAUCUCAGAUAUACACAAGACGGAACUCAUCGGACAAACCCCUGAAACAUCAGAGCGAAAUUUCCUGUUGAAGGCCCAGAUGCUGGAAACAUAUGGUGUUGAUCCACAUCCGUGCAAGGAUGUGUCGGGGAAUCCGGCUUUCCUUGCCUUCACACCUUUUGGGUUUGUGGUCCUGCAGGGAAACAAGAGAGUUCAUUUCCUCAAGUGGAAUGAGGUGACCAAGCUGAAGUUUGAGGGCAAGACAUUCCACAUUUAUGCAAAUCAGAAGGAGGAAACAAAGAUCACCCUGACAUACUUUGCACCCACACCGGAGGCUUGCAAGCACCUUUGGAAGUGCGGAGUGGAGAACCAAGCUUUCUAUAAGCUUGAAAAGUCAAGCCAGGUCCGCACUGUGUCCAGCAGCAACUUAUUCUUCAAGGGCAGCCGCUUCCGCUACAGUGGACGCGUGGCAAAGGAGGUGAUGGAGCAGAGUGCCAAAAUUAAAAGAGAACCUCCAGAAAUACACAGGGCUGGCUUGGUUCCCAGCAGAAGCUGUCCGUCCAUCACUCACGGGCCUCGGCUCACCAGCGUACCCCGGACAAGGCGAAGAGCCGUGCACAUAUCUAUCAUGGAAGGCCUGGAGUCGCUCCGUGACAGCGCCCACUCCACCCCGGUGCGUUCGGUGUCCCACGGUGAGGCGUUCAUUCCGCGCUCGCGCAGUCAGGCCGCGGAUGCUGGCGAGGGGACGGCGGUGAUCGCCGAUGAGGCCUACAGCCCCUCGGACAGCGUCCUGCCCACGCCAGUGGCUGACCACGGCGCGGAGCUACCAGCGGCUUUACGCCUAAUAAACGGGGCACCAUGCAGCAUCGAGGAGGAGAAGGAGUCCGAGGCGGGUACCCCGACCCGAGGGGACGGAGGGGAUUUUGGACGAGCUCGAGAGGGCUCCGCGGGGGCCCUCAAUGAGGUGGAACAGGUGAAUAAGUUUGUCUUGAGUGUCCUGCGUCUGCUCCUCGUCACCGUCGGACUCCUCUUUGUGCUGCUCCUCCUCCUCAUCGUCCUCACCGAAUCUGACCUGGACGUGGCGUUUUUACGUGACAUCCGCCGGACCCCUGAAUUCGAGCAGUUCCAUUACGAAUACUUUUGUCCCCUUAGGCGGUGGUUUGCCUGCAAGCUCCGCUGGGUGGGCGGGUUGCUCGUUAGCAAGUGAGGCACACGAGUUGCUUAAAAAGGACGCUCGGUGAGGGCGGAGGAGACACCCUCCUACUGUGGACAUGAGGCUCAGACCGCCCUGAUGACCCUGGCUGGAUUCUCUAUCACCUCUUACAGUUUUUACACCCCGCCCCACUUCACUUUUGCUUGCGUUCUUUUUCUUUUAAUAAUUUCCUUUCUCUUUUUUUAAAAUACCUGGAAAUUUUAAGAAGGAUGAGCAUUGCCUAUGUGUUAUUUAUUGAAUUUUAAGGUGCAUUUGCACUAGAAGGACAAGAAGACAGCUCUAAAGGAGGAAGUGUAGAACAGAAGUGAGUUAGCGGGGUACACGCAUACUGAUUUUUAACCAAUAUCCCGACAUUGUCCAAGUCCAAAAAUCCGAUUGCAAACUGAUACCGAUAUAUGGGGUCAUGGACUUAACAUAAUAUAGGUAGUUGUAUUGUGAUGCCCCAUUGGAUGCUUUAAUAAUGAUAAACGUAACAACUUCAACCCCUAAACCCUAACUCGAGGUGAGAGCAUGAGAGAGCAUAAUUAAAGACACCAUAAUUUUAAUGAGAUGUUAUCGCGUACUUAACUUAUUUCGAUCCAAAAAGUCCGUGCAGCAUGUCUCAGCGUGUGUCAAAACACAGCUGUGAAUAGCCACAGCCGGACAUUUUGGGAAUUUUACAGGUGAAACACGGUAAUAUAACAAGGGUCGCAAUGCAGAAAUCGCAGACAUCAAGGAGUGGUCGAGAUUUUCUUUUUCAAAUAUUUACCCUUUUAAACGUUUAAACGUUUAUCAUCUAAAAUAUUGGGGGAAAUGCGACAAUAGCAAAAAAAAAAAAAAAAAAAUACAA